CAGUAACCUUUGGAAGGGAAGGGCCUUCCACAGCUGUGGGGUAGGUCAGCAGCCUGCUCCCAGUAGGAGCCUGACAGGCCUGACACUCCCAACUCCUGCAGGAGGGACACAUCUGGGGCUCCAUGAGGAGGACAGCUCUCAUCCUGGGCUCUGGGCUGCUCUUGCUUGGGGCCUUCUGGAACUCGGUCACAUGGCAUCUUCAGACAUUUUGGGGUACUUCUGGCCACUUUUGGCAGACCCAGUGGGAGAAACUGCUGUCUCCAUUUGAAGGCAAGGAGUGGAUCCUGUUCAUUAUAGGUGCUGGCCUCGUACCUGCGCUGUGCUUCUGGGUUCUCAAUGGCCUUCUGCUGCUGGUGGACACAACAGGGAAGCCCUCCUCCAUCUCCCGCUACCGCAUCCAACUUGGCAAGAAUGAACCGGUAGACCCCAUGAAGCUGCGUCAUGCUAUCCGCACCGUUAUUUUCAACCAGACCAUGAUCUCUCUCCCCAUGCUGGCCAUCUGCUACCCUUUCUUGAAGUGGAGGGGAGACCUUUUCUCUCAAGAACUGCCCACCUUCCACUGGUUCCUCCUGGAGAUGGCCUUUUUCACCCUUGUGGAGGAAAUCUUGUUCUACUACUCACACCGGCUCCUUCACCACCCCACGUUGUAUAAGAAAAUACACAAGAAACAUCAUGAGUGGACAGCACCCAUUGGCGUGAUCUCAAUAUAUGCCCACCCCAUAGAACACGUGGCUUCCAACAUGUUGCCAGUUAUGGUGGGUCCUCUAGCAGUGGGCUCUCAUUUGUCCUCCAUCACUGUGUGGUUGUCCCUGGCUCUCAUCGUCACCACUAUCUCCCACUGUGGGUACCACUUGCCCUUCCUGCCUUCACCUGAGUUCCAUGACUACCACCAUCUCAAGUUCAACCAGUGCUAUGGGGUACUGGGGUUGCUGGACCACCUACACGGGACUGACAUCAUGUUUAAGCAGAGCAAAGCCUAUGAGAGACAUGUCAUCCUGCUGGGCUUCACCCCACUCUCAGAGAGUAUUCCUGAUCCUCCAAAGAAGAUAGAGAGUCUCCUUGGACCAUCUGGGCUGUUCCAUCAGAAGUAAGAUGUGGUGACUGCCUGGGGCCAUGCCACCCUCAGCAGCUGGCCACCUUUGACCCCCAUACUCUAAGGGCUGUCCCAUUAGGGUAGAGGGAAGGCAGGCUUCCUGCCAGGACAAA